GUCCCGCCUGCCGGGGGCGGGCGGAGGAGCGCGGCGGGCCGGAGCGGGCCGGGGCUCGAACGGGGCUGCAGCGAGGCGGGGAUGGCUUCGCAGCCGCCGCCUCCCAAGCCCUGGGAGAACCGGCGGUUAGUGGGCAGCGUGGCGCCCGCCUUCCAGUCUCCUGACUUGGGUGACAACUUGCUGACCAGACCUGGACAACCCACAGUUGCACGAAUACCUCCACCUAUUUUGCCGAGACCAUCACAGCAAACAGGAAGCAGUAGUCUCAGUACUUUAAGGCCAGCAUAUAGCAGUUCUUUUACUACAGGCUAUGGUUCAUAUGGAACUUCUUUUUAUGGAAGCUACAGCCCUUACAGUUAUGGAUAUGGUGGCUUGGGCUAUAACCGCUUUCGUACAGAUGAUAUUCCUCCCAGCAGGUUUGUUCAACAGGCUGAAGAGAGCAGCAGAGGUGCAUUUCAGUCCAUUGAAAGUAUUGUGCAUGCGUUUGCCUCAGUCAGCAUGAUGAUGGAUGCUACCUUUUCAGCUGUGUACAACAGUUUCAGAGCUGUGUUGGAUGUAGCCAAUCACUUCUCCCGCCUCAAAGUACACUUCACAAAGGUGUUUUCAGCAUUUGCUUUAGUGAGAACUAUAAGAUAUCUCUACCAGCGUCUACAACGAUUACUGGGUCUGCGGAAGAGCUCUGAGAAUGAGGAUCUGUGGGCUGAAAGUCAGGGGACAGUAGCUCGUGUUGGUCUUGAAGACAAGGCAGCUAACUCGGCAAAAUCCUGGCCUAUUUUUUUGUUCUUUGCUGUUAUUAUGGGAGGUCCCUAUCUGAUUUGGAAACUCCUUUCUACAUACAGUGAUGAAGAAUCAGUUUCUAGUAACUGGGCAAGUGGAGAAGAUGAUCAUGUAGUUGGAAGAGCAGAAUAUGACUUCAGUGCGCUCUCAGAAGAGGAAAUUUCCUUCCGUGCUGGUGACAUUCUAAGAUUAGCACCCAAAGACCAACAACCCAAAAUCCGUGGCUGGCUUUUGGCUAGUUAUGAUGGUCAAACAACAGGACUUGUACCAGCUAAUUAUAUCAGAAUACUGGGCAAAAGAAGAGGCAGGAAAGCAGCGGACCUGGAAAGGAUUACAGAGCAACGUCCGUCCCUCACUGGGAUGUCUGCUAGAGGGUCCACUGCUGCUGUGACUUUAGAGGAACAGGAAGCUGCUUUUGAUUCUGUUUUUGUAGGAAGUAAUAAAGUUCCUGUUGCAUCCGAUUCCACUGCAGUUAGUGGAGAGAAACAGGAACUCUAAUGCACUUUCCUCAACAAAGUAACUGAAUGGUGUUUUAUUGAUAAAACUUAGGGUAUGUUUAAAAUCUGUGUUGUAGUAGAACACUGAUAGGCCUGUACCAGACUGGUGAAAGGAUGGAGAAAUUCUUGCUCAAAUUUGUAUGAUUUCUUUUUUAUUCACUUAAGGCUGUGUAUUAGUGGCUACCUAACUACCUUGCAGCAGCUAUAAGAUCUAGAGCCAAAAGGAAUGAGGUGUUUAUAACAAAGCAAACAAACAAGGAAAUAAGGGCGGGCCUGUUUUCAUUAAGUAGACAAACUGUUGAUAAAAUCUAGAAAUCAGUGUUCAGUCUUCAUUGGAAUGUCACUUGACAAGAUGCCACUUCAGCUGAUGUGCAAAGGAAAAGUAAAUUUCUGUGAGAAGUUGUCCGGAACUGGAGGCUGAGGAAAAUACUGAUAACAGUACUUUGUUUCCCUAUAAGAAUUGCAAGAGAUUUAGGUGACACAGUCAAACCACUACAAGUUCUCAAUUGCUUGCUUUUGGUAACAAGUACAGCUUCUGUCAGUUAUGACUUAGGUUGCUUUUUUUUUUUUUUUUUUAAUAAAAAUAGUGAUUACGAGAAAGAGAAGGGGGUACAGUGAGGGGAGGAGAUUGGAAAUUUAAAAAAAAAAAAAGCAAAGAGGCUUUGUUUAUUAAAAUAACAUUAGAAUAAAGGGCAUCAUUUAGUCAAGCGCUCUCCAGGUUGCUUAUUUUUACUCCCUUUUAUUGUAUGCUAAUUUGGCAUCACUUCUUGCCGUUUUGUGUUGUAGCCUAUUAACUGCCUGUCAGUACCUAUCAACUACCACAUCCCUUCCAUUUUUUUUCUGUUUAUAUUUGUUUUUAAAGAAUAUCAAAGAUUCCUGCAUUUUAGUGCAAUAGUGAUGCUGUGGAGAGGCAGGAGCAUACAGAAUUGCAUUGAGUGGCAAAGAAAAUGUGAACUUUCAUACUUAGUCGUCCCAUUUAACUACGUUCUUGGAGGUACAUAUUUACACUGACAUUCAGGUGGUAAACGUUACGUCAGCCCAUAAAAUUUGAGAGCUCUUAUUUAUCAAGAGCCUUAGAAGCAUUAAGACUGUUCAGAGUGUGUAGUAUUUUAUUCAUAUUGGUGUUCGAGAAUUCUGUAUUGAAAUACAAUUUUUCUUAAUGAAGAAGAGAGAAAACUUUUUCUUGUAGAAUAUAUAUAUACACACCCAUUCUAAAGGUUAGAGGAGUGGAUAAACUUACUAAAACUUGUUUUUACUGUUAAAAUAGAGUUCUUAUUUUCAAGAUAGAAAAAGUAGGAUUCACGCUUUUGCUUAAGUGAUCCAGUAGUUUCAGUUUGUUUCUGCAAAGAUCUUCAACAUCCAGUAUGUAUUUAAGCAAACCUUUGUGUUAACACUUUAAUUGAAUUUGCAUAUCUUAUCCUUAGAAUUGUCAACAAAACUGACAAGAAAACUUAAGGAGAGCAUAUUUUUAUUGCGGUAGAGUGACUGAGAAGAAGCGUCUUCUGCUGGACCCUCAGAUUUUAAAGUAACCUCUGAGUGCUUGUUGAUAGAGCAAGAAUAAAUGGCUGUGGUUGGAUGUUGGGAGAUAACAUUUUUAUUAGACUGUUAGAUCUUCAAGUGGAGAGGAAGAGGAAGAAGUAGUUUAAAAAACAAAUGGGAAAUGUGAAACUGGAUUUAAAAUAGAACAUGUUUAAAAAAGAGUAAACAAUCCAAAUUUACUGUUGUGAGAUUUACUUAAUGGCCUAUCAGUCUUCCAUGGCAGUGGAAGAUUUCAGUCAGAGGGAGGGUUUACAUAAAUGAACAAUCCACACUUUUUAGUAGUGUCCAAACAAGUAGAUUUCUAUUGUAGAAUCAAUAUAGAUUUCUAUACUGUUCUUGCUUACAAGAAGUCUGGUACACAGUGCUUUGAUUAUUUUUAGAAUCUUUCAAACUACUAAUUCUAAGUUGAAUUCAGUUUUUCACAUUAUAAGACAUACUAUUUUGAGUACAGUAAAAAAAUUGGUUAUUAAUAUUUGUUUUUACAGCAGUUCAACUUUUGUCUGUCAUUCACUGGCAUAGAAGGCUGUAACAGGCCUAACGCAUUUGCGUAUAUAUAAAAUUUUAGUUUAUUCUCACUUUAGUGUCAUUGAUUCCCGGUUUUAGCCAUUUUCUGCUUGAAUACUGUACGAACUAAUGACAGCUGCCGCUUUUGGCUGGUUCUCUGGGUGCUGGCAGGAUGUGAGUACGCACACAUUCAAAGCUUUGCUCAGGUUUCUGAAGAAUAAAUUAAAAAUACUCCUCUUGUCCAGUGGAA